AUGCGCAUUUGCAAUGAAACGGAGGGGGCGGAAAGAGGAUGCGUCUGCCGGGAAUCGAACCCGGGUCACCUCGAUGGCAACGAGAAUGGAACUACGGCCCUCGCAAUCGCGGCGAGUCCAAAUGGCCAGUGGCUGGCGGUUCUCGGCGCCGAUUUCCACCUGCGAAUUUUCGGUGUUCGGAGGGCAAAGCUGAGUCGGGUGUAUCUGGAGACAUUGCAGUACUACGAGAUGGCGCAGAAGGAUCCGCAAUGCGCUUUGCUGCAUCAGGAUGCGUUGGACUUCGAGCAGCGGGCGGCGCUAGAAAAGGAGUUGAGUCGGUCGCCAUUGCGACUUCACCAGAACCUCCUUUUCGAUUCUUCCUCGUCCUUUCUGCUUUAUCCAACUCUUCUAGGCGUCAAGGUCCUAAACAUUCUCGACAACAAAGUUUGCCGCUUUAUCGGCCGCCACGAGCAGGGCCUGCGGUAUUUGGCAAUUGCACUGCAGCAGCCGUAUUUACCGCGACGGGUUGCCAAGACGACAAUGGGAACCAACGAUGCAAUUAUGGUUGCUUCGGCCUUCAAGAAAAAGAGGGUCUAUUUCUUCACUGCGGAGGCCCCCUCAGAAAGCAUUCUGGACACACGAGACAUUUUCAACGAGAAGCCAUCUAAGGAGGAGCAGGAAUCAUUGAGUGCUGCCAGUGGGGCCUCUGCAAUUACUCCUGCCCAGCGCGUGGGAUCGACGGCGACUUUGCACACUACCUUUGGGGAUAUUCGUGUGAAGUUGUUUGGGGCAGAAUGCCCCAAGACGGUCGAAAACUUCACUGUGCAUGCGCGCAAUGGCUACUACGAUAACAUGCUGUUCCAUAGAGUCAUUAAGGGCUUUAUGAUUCAAACAGGAGACCCCAACGGCGACGGAACAGGCGGGGAGUCAAUCUGGGGCGGCGACUUUGAAGAUGAGCUGCACCGUUCGCUGAAGCACGACCGACCAUUUACUCUCUCAAUGGCCAACGCGGGCCCCAAUACCAACGGCUCCCAGUUUUUUAUUACGACUGUUCCCUGUCCCUGGCUAGACAUGAAGCACACGGUCUUCGGCAGAGUUACUCACGGCGCGGACGUCGUGCUCAAGAUCGAGGGCGUGAAGACGAAUCAAAACGACAAGCCCUUGCAAGAUGUGAAGCUGCUUGCUAUAAAAAUCACUUCGUGA